CGGUAUGCAACAAAUGAAAACGAGGGGAUAGAAGAAGGGAUAAGGGGAGGAGGCGAGCGCGCAAGGAAGUCUUCCCUUUCUGGUCACGACUACCCUCUCCUCCAAUUUGAUUGUCGAUCUUUCCGAUCUCUCUUGCUGCUAAGAGGCGAAAUGUAUUCGAGCUCGAUUCCUAUCAGAAGUGAUUUCUUGAUCGCUCCGGGAUCUCCCGACUCUUAUAUCCGGCUUGGUUUGCUCCCAAAUGGGAAGACCCGAAGCAUCCGGCUUCUUUCCAGACGGCAGAGAUCUCCUAGGGCAAGCCUCUGUUCUGAUCCACUUUUAGUUCAGGCUGCUAGAGGAAAUGCCAUAAGUCGGCCUCCAGCAUGGAUGAUGCGCCAAGCAGGAAGGUACAUGGAUGCUUACAAAAAGCUUGCCAAGAAACAUCCAUCGUUCAGAGAGAGAUCUGAGACGGUUGACCUCAUUGUAGAAAUUUCUUUGCAGCCUUGGAAAGCUUUUCAGCCAGAUGGGGUUAUUAUUUUUUCUGACAUACUUACACCUUUACCUGCAUUUGGUGUUCCUUUUGAUAUAGAAGAAGUAAAAGGCCCUAUUAUUCAUUCACCAAUUUGUGAUGAGGAAGCACUUAAAUGCUUGCAUCCUAUUGACCUAGAGAAGCUUCAAUUUGUGGGGGAGUCUCUAUCGAUCUUGCGUGAGGAGGUUGGGGAGAAAGCAGCAGUGCUUGGUUUUGUUGGGGCACCAUGGACCAUCGCUACUUAUGUUGUGGAGGGGGGUAGUACUCGCACAUAUACGACUAUAAAACGCAUGUGCCACACUGCACCUCGUGUUCUCAAGGUUCUUCUUUCUCAUUUGACACAAGCAAUAUCCGACUAUGUCAUUUUCCAAGUGAAAUCAGGCGCUCAGUGCAUACAGAUUUUUGACUCUUGGGGUGGACAACUUCCACCUAAUAUUUGGGAACAGUGGUCAAAACCAUAUAUUGAACAGAUAGUGAGUUUAGUCCGGAAAGAAUGCCCUCAGAUACCACUUGUAUUGUAUAUAAAUGGUAAUGGUGGUCUACUGGAGCGCAUGACUGGAAUUGGAGUUGAUGUGAUUGGGCUCGACUGGACAGUGGAUAUGGCAGAUGGAAGGAGGCGUCUUGGCUAUAAUGUUAAUGUGCAGGGAAAUGUUGACCCUGCUUAUCUUUUUUCCCCACUCCCAGUUUUAACUGAUGAAAUCCAUAGGUCCUAAGAGCCCAUAGAAGUUUCAGGGAGGUUGACUUUUGCGGAUGGAUACGCAAGGGUGUCACAUGAUUUAGGCAAAACCAGCUAAGUCUGUGACAUAUGGUAUCAGAGCGGGACAAGCAAUCAUAUAAACACUUGGCAUGCAAACAUGGAGAACCUAACGAGGCUACGUUGAGGGCAACCAGUACGCGUGACCGUUUGAGGGAAAGCGGGCAUGGAGAUGUAGGGAAACGGAGCCGUUAAGAGGAGCGGGCAUUUGAGAUUGGCAUUCAGAGGAAUUGUCAACCCUUCUCGCAAAAGGCACCACGAGGACAAGCAAGCUGGAAGGAAUGCGUAGUGCACAAAGGUUGCGAUGGCUGAGUUUGAAUUACGGCUCAAUGUUGGCAACCAUACUUGAUGGUGCUCACGGCAAGUGAGACGCUUGGUAAAGGAUGAGACCAUGCAAGGUGAAAUGGGUUGCUCAGCGAUCGAAAAAGUUGUGCAAAGCUCACAAAGGUGAGGGGAAUUGUUAAUUCGAAUAAUUCGGUACUCAUGCAAGGGCUUGUAUGCGAACGAUGGAGUGUUCGUGGCCAUCCCAAGGCGACCGAAACUUGGCGUCAUAGAACCUUGAAACUUUAUCUUCAGCUUGAGAAGGAUACGUUCGUAGGAGGUUGAAGUGUGCAGCGAGUUCAGCAUGUUGCUAGGCCUUGAGGGGUGCAACGGGAGCUGUAUUGGCGUGGAGUCGUAAUCUAGCAAGUGCGUUUGCGAGAGGCAGAACAAUGCACAGUUUGUUUAGCAAAGCGAAGUAGUCCAAGGAGAUGGUGGUCUUCAAAACUUUCAAAGAGAAGGAAGCGAAGAGAGAAGCUUCUCUAACGGGAUAGAUAUCCGGGAGGGAUAAGUCCCGGAUCUCUAAAGGGAGAACCAUGUGCAACGGACCACACAUGUUGAGGAGAAGAACCUCAAAACAACUUCACAAAGCUCAACGGACCGAGCGAGUGGUGAUGAGUCGUCACAUGAUCUUGCUUGAGAUAAUGCAUUGGGGGGAUGCAUUGCGAGAUCAAGUGGGGAAGCGACCCAAGGCAACUCAAAUGAAGGCACACUUGGAGUCAAUAUGGAGAUCAGACUCAAUGGAGGGCUGACCCAUGGAAUGGUGGGCGUGAGGACCAUCAUCAACUCAAUGCAAAUCGAGGAGCGGAGCAACUUGGGUGUAACUAAGCGAAGUACUCAAGCCGCAUGAAGGGAACCAGCAUGGAAGAUGGUACAUGGAGUGGAGGCACAAAGCUUUCCUUGGACAGAGGUCAAUGACAUGAACUCUUACAGAGGCAAGAGCGGGAUCAUGUCGUUUCAUAGGUCCUUCAUUCUAAUGGAGUGAGACUCAUCUUGUAUGGUGCCAAAGACGAAGGGAGCUUCUGGGCACAUGCACCUUAUCUCGGAAAAGCAUUUGACGGAGGAACCAAGGUGACUCAACUUGCGAAGGCAAAGUUGGGUUCAAAAGGCAUUGGCACGGUGCAAGAAGAUGCGGAGGCGGGUACUCUUGAAGAAUAUGCCAUAGUGUUGUCAUUCGAGUUGCCAUGAAGGAAGAGGUGCACAACGGAGAUUGUUCUGGUAGGGGCAGAGGCCCAGGAUCUAGACAAUUGUACACCAAUUUCAGUGAAGUCGGUGGACUUCGGGAAUUACUAGGCGACGGACUAUCCUAGAGCGGUGUUUCGUUUAGGUGUGACUCGAGAGCGAAUGGACGAAUGUCGAUUACCAAAUGAGCGAACACAAUCGAAGGUGGAAGGGGCCCUGCGAUGUGUUGGCAAAGGCCACACAUGGAGGGAUCAUAAUCCGAGUUCAUCCCACAAGGAUCAGAAUGCAAUGAAGAUUUCACCAGGAGGCGACAUGGUGCAGCGGAUCAUGGUGGAAUAGUUCAUGGCAAUGCGAUACACACGAAUUUAGUCCCGCGAGGGACUAGAUCAUACAGAGGUAUGAUCUAGAGCUACUGGGAGCUCCACUUCGGUGAACAAAACGAUGACAAGAAGGGCUAUAGAUUCAAGGAGUGAAAGUCAUGGUACUGCAAAGGCAGGUCUUCCGUGCGUGCAUCGAAUUUUGCAUCGGAUGAAAGCCUUGGUCAUUAGCAUAUGGGGGUUGUGUACCACUGAGGGAAAAGUUCGAAUGCAAGUACUAGUGAGUCCCAUGGGAGAGACUUGAUCAUGCAGAGGUAUGAUCAGAGCAGCUGGAGAGUUGGACUGCUCUAGAGCCCAUAUUCGCUUAAGGGAGCCCGACAAGUCAGAGAAGGUCGAGCAAGCGAACGUUGCUACCAAUGAAGCUAAGGAGAAUAGAAUCGGUACAAACCCUACAACAUGAUGGCAGAGUCCAUGCAUGGGAGUUGCAGUUUGUCUUUCCAUCGACCAAGGGGAACUGUUGGGAGAAUACAAAGGUGUUGAAGUAGGGGCGAGGAAGUGAUAACGAGUCCAGAGGGACUUAGCUACCCAAAACCAAGCAUCGGUUAGAAUAGAGGUGGACUUGGAAGAGUGCCACAGAGGCAGAUCUAUUAAUCGCGGAAAAAGGGAUGCAUAUACAAGACGACGGAUAGUAGGGCCAUGGGCAUGGCAGCAUCAUGGUACCGUAGAGGCGGGACUUCCGUAAAGUCAUCGAUCCCUUGCUCUCAUGGAAGGGAGCGCUUGGUCGUGAAAGGGGUCGAGGAGGUGAAGAAUGCAAAGGCAAACUCCAAGUACCGAGACAAGGCUGAAGGGCAGAGGCCAGGGAACUUCGUAAGAUCGGUGUCAACGAGCUUCUCAUCAAGAUAGUCAAAAGUGGAGGACUUUGGGUCAAUGCAAGAGUGCACAACCAAGGAACGAAGCAGGCAGUAUGCGGUGUUGUACCUUUGCUACUCAGUGGAGUAGGUGGCUAGGUUGAUAGAGAAGACGGUACAAUCCCAAAGACGACCAUAACUAUCAUAGACUUACUCCAAGUUGGGCUAAAAACUUCCUGCAUUCUAAAAGUUUGAUGUCAUUGAGAAGGUGAAUCAUAGUAACUAACUCAACGCAAUGAGUGCAAACACUUCAAGUACUUCAUAAGUGUGAGCAAAGAGCAAGUGAAGACCAAUAACCAGCUCGAUGCAUGAAGUAUAACCCUGUAGGAGGCGGGCAAAGUCAAGUAAUCUUGGCUUUCUCAACUCUUAAGAGAAUGAGUGAAACCGAGUACCCAAAUUCUCUUAUCUAUCCAGUAGAGGGGCUCUGUACAGGUUUAAAGACCAUUCGAAGAAAUCUAAUAGAAGACAACAGUUGUUAAAUCUUCACCAAUGGUGAUCAGUGCUGCUAAGAGUAGAUUAUCCGCUUCAUUUCCCAACAGAAUAUCAAUCGAAAGUGGAAGUGAUACGAAACUACUUGGAAGUGACUAUUGAAUCUCGAAUUUUGAUUAUGAAACCAAUUGAUAGUGUUUAUGGUUUAAUCUGAUCUGCGUUUUGAGUGACGCAUGAUGCUUUGAUCAAGGAGAGACAACUAAAGCAGGAAGAAUCAUGUUGGGUAGAGAAAAAUGUCAAAAGAUUAGACGUCGGGCCGAAGGAUCGGUCGACGUAUCGACAGAAGGCUUCGGGCCAUGGAUUCGGGCAUUGGGCUAAGAAGAGCAGAUAUUGCGCCAAGGAUAUUGAAGUUGCGGAGGUCAACUGGCCGAUUGGGCAAUAGGCCACAAGAGAGGACGAUGCGCCGAAGAAUUGGACGAAGCGUCGAUGGACCAAUGACAUGUCGGACGACAUUAUUCAUGCUUAGUAAUAAUUGUCUAGAUCGAAGUGUAUUUUUUAUGUGUGCAAGAUUAACUACGAUAGCAAGGCAUAAAGCAAAAUGAAGUCCGGAGUCAAGAACACGAUUUCGUUGGGAGUUCGAGAGUUCGUCGGAGGUCCGGACGUUCGUCAGAAGUUCUGCCGAAAUUGAUUGAGAAGUCCUGGAGCUUGCUAAAGAAGUUCGUUGGAACUCGCCAAGAAGAUCAUUGUGAAGUCCAGGAGCUUCCCGGGAGUCCACCGGAACAUUAUCGAGAGAUCGUCGGAAGAUCGCCGGAAGAUCGUCGGAAGAAACCGGACUUAUCUUGCUUAGAUUAUGUCUUAAGAAUCGUAGCUAGCACAUAAUUAGAAUUGUGAUUGGGAGGUAAUCCUAUCAACUCUGUUAGGGGCCAACUGGGCCCGAAGGUGGGCUGGUUUGGGCCGAAUUCAAUGCCCAACCAUGGUGUUGAACCUUGGUCGACGGUGGCACCGCCUGGGGAACAUCACCUCAGGAAAUUUGGGCGGUGGUACCGCCCCUGUUCGGCGGUGUUACCGCCUAGUACCAGAUCCUGCAGCGGUAGUACCGCCCAAGAACGACGGUGGUACCGCCAGUACCCAGGAAACCUGGGAUGAGACCUUUUUAGGCUCCAAGUUUGAAUCAACUUGAAGCCUAUAAGUGCCCCUCUCAUCCUUGGUUAACAAACACAAGCACAGAGAAUUUAGAAAGGGAAAAACGUUGUAGAAAUCUCUUGUGAGAAUCCUCCUCUAGUCUAAGUAUUAGAAUUCUGUUUAGAGAGGAGUGUGUGUGCUUGUAAGGGUUUUCUCCUAAACCCGGUAAAAGGAGAAGAGGGGUAUAAGAAGGAGGUUGAUCUUCGCCUAUUAAAGGAAGAUCGAUAGUGGAUGCCAGUGGCCUCGACGGAAGAGGAAUCAAAGGAGUGGAUGUAGGUCACGACGACCGAACCACUAUAAAUCUGGUUUACAUUUUACUUUGAACAAUUUAUCUUUACUGCAAACCACUUUACCUCCUUACUUGCUUUACAUUCAAUACGCUCUUACUUUGCUUUUAAAGUUAACCAUUUCCGAAAUUGGUUUUAUCGUACGAAGAGAUUUUUUGUAACCAUUUUGAAGACGUAUU